UAGGUUAGAAUUUUAGAAAACACGAAUUUACAAAAUUUACAAAAAGUACCUAUUGUUGAAACUGCUAACGGAAAAGAUAUCUUUUUUACAAAUCGUAAAAGAUAUUUCGGUGACACACAUAGGAAAUAAUAUAUUAAUAAUGACUUUCAUACCUAAUUGGGAAGAGUUCGAAAAGUCAGCAGAAAUGUUGUAUCUUAGAGAUCCUAUAAAUACUCGAUACAGUGUGAAGUACUCUCAUUCCAAAGGAUUAUUUUUGGUCAAAAUUACGGAUAAUAAAAAGUGUCUUCAGUACAAGACAGAAGUUCAACAAGACGUGCGAAAAGUGGAUAAAUUUAUUACCAACUUAUUAAGGCAUAUGGCAUCUAAUGAUAACUAAUUUGAAUUAAAAGAUUUGUACUUGUAACUGUUAGGGCCGCGCUACACCUGAAUGGCAGCGGCGAGGCGAGCAC